AUGAAUUCUCAUUAUGGUAGUUCAUCUUAUUUGGCAUCGUCUCCUUCUUCUUUAAAUGAUGAUGAUGAUUAUUAUGAUAAUCUAGAAAAGCAAGUAGUAUGUCAAAUUACUGCUAACAACAAUUUUUGCAUCGCUCAACCCCAAAAUAAUGAAGGGUCACACAUGGGCUCAAUUCUUGGUCAUAUAGUAGUCAACCGUGACCGAGAAAAUGCUAAUCGCAAUCUAUUCAACGAUUAUUUUUCAAAGAGCCCUCGAUUUUCUGCCUCGAUGUUCCGCCAAAGAUUCCGAAUGGGUCGUGUUUUAUUCCUUCAUAUUUAUGAUGUUUUACAAAGGCAUGACAAUUACAUCGUCCAACGAAGAUAUGGACUCAGUGAGUUCGAGUUAUUGGGUCUACAAAAAGUAACAGCCGUAUUUCGAAUGUUGGCAUAUGGUGUACCAGCAGAUGCUACCGACGAGUACAUCAAAAUAAGAGAAUCUACUGCUUUGGAAAGUUUGAAACGAUUUUGUCGUGCUGUUAUCGAGGUCUUUGGAACCCGCUAUCUAUGA